CUUGCUGACAUGGCGUCUUGAAGUGUAGUGUGGGAUUUCGAUCCUGGCAAGGAUUUCAUCCCUCUUCAAUGCCAACGCUACUGAAAUGCCCAGGUGUUCGGGUGAUGUACGGAAUUCCACCACCUGCUAGCAACCACCAUCGGUAGCCAUGACGUCAGCACUGCAAUCGCAGCGAUUCUGCCUUCGUUGGAACAACCACCAGUCAAAUCUUCUCUCCGUGUUUGAUCAACUAUUACAUGAUGAAUCGUUUGUGGAUGUUACGCUCGCAGUCGAAGGGCGUUUACUUCGCGCCCACAAAAUGGUGCUAUCAGCUUGCAGCCCCUAUUUUCAAGCCCUGUUCGUAGGACAUCCUGACAAGCACCCUAUAGUCAUACUGAAAGAUGUACCCUAUUGUGACAUGAGGAGUUUACUAGACUUUAUGUAUAGGGGUGAAGUUAGUGUUGAUCAGGACCGCCUGACUGCAUUUCUAAAAGUUGCUGAAUCAUUACGGAUAAAGGGAUUAACGGAAGUGAAUGAAGAAAGAUGUGAUAUACCCUCCAUAACCUCUUCUCUGCUUUCAUCUGUUCCCCCACCUGUUGUGACUACACAUACACCACCACCGCCGCCACCACCACCGCCUCCUCCACCACCUCCACAUCUUCACCGAAUACAUCCUCCAACACCAACAGCACAGAAGCGUUCUGCAUCAGCAGCGACUGUAGCAAACCCGUUGUUAGGAUCAGCUCUUACAGCCCCUAAGAGAAAACGUGGCCGUCCAAGAAAACUGUCUGGCAGUAGUGGUGGCACACCGGCAAAUUUACCUGGUGACACUCCUCCUGUUGCUGUUAGAAAUCAAAGCCAGCCAUUGUUAGAUGGUAAUGGUGAAUUGGACCCACCUAUAAAGAUAGCUCAAGCUCCAGAUUCAAUAGUGCAGGGAUCUCCGGAACUGUUGGAAGUGAAUUUUCAACAUUCACCUGCAACAACAUCUGCUUCUUCAUCAGUGCAAAGGCCAACCGAAGGAGAAAAUGGGCAUGGGCCUUCAAGUGCACCAUCUCCGGAGGAUGAAAAAUUAUCAUCAAAGGAUGGUCCUGUCCAGCAAGUUAAAGAAGAGCCGGAACCAACUCCAGGACCUUCAUCACAAGAUCCAGGUCAAGCAUUUACACAGUCCAGUGAUGGAACAAGAGAUCCAACUGAAAGUUUUGCACUUGUUAAAAUGGAGAACGAUGCUGACAGACAGGAAUAUGAAUCAUCCCUUCCUGAUGAUGAAAAUGACUUGAUCACAUUGUCUCCAUCAUCGAGUACAGCUGAAACUGCUCACUAUGAAGAAAAUAAUUCAGAAAUUAACAGUAGAAACCCUAACUAUGAGAAUGGAAUGUUACUUAGAGAUGAAAAUACAGAUGAAGUGUUAGGAGCUGGUAGUAAAUACCACCCCUACUCUAAAUUUCAUUCAGUACCUAUUUUUGCAUUUGAUAGCUAUGAUGUUUCAGGAACAGAUAACAUUGAGUUUUCAGGUAAUGUUAGACGAAAUGUACAAGACUCCUUGGAAGAGGAUGGGGAUAAUUCAGGAAUGGGCUCAACGCGGCAGUAUUGUAUACGGGAAGCAGAAAAUGUGUACCGUUGCAAAAUUUGUAAUAAAACAUAUACACACAUUAGCAACUUUUGUAGACACUAUCUGACUACACAUAAACAAACAAAGCAGUAUUUUGUAUGUCCACUAUGCAGUAAAGAAUUCACUCGCAGAGAUAACAUGAUGACACAUCUUAAAGGUGUACAUAGGCUUUCAUGAAGGCUGUAACGUCUCGCUCCUUAGCUCAAUGGUGAAGGUUGUACAUUUGGUAGUAAUCUAUGUUCUUGCCCACUUAUAAUGUUCUGUAAUAUGUUUCUAGUUGAAUUAUCUUUGCUCUAGUAUUUUGUUGGAAGCAGUUCACUGUAUCCUGUGUAACAAUUUCUGUGCACAGUAAAGCAGUGAAAGAGGGGAUGUUUUGCUGAUGAGUCCUUGUGAGCUGUUAAUUUUGUAAGGCUUAGCAAAUUCCCAAGACGUACACUCUCAGCGAGAGAGAAAGAGGGGGGGAUCAUUUUAUGAAUUAUUGUAUGGGAACAGCCAUAUCAUUAGAAUAUCAUUGUAAUGUUUAUUGCGGUAGCAUAAAUUCCAGGAUGGAAACAAAAAGCAGAAAUGAGAAAUGGCAACCAUUUACCUAUAGCCAAUUGAUGGAAAUCUACUGACCUGUCAGAUACACGCUGUAAACUAUGUCCGUCUCAGAUGUCUUCGGUUUCAACAGGUCAUUAAAUCAUAAAUAUACUUCCUUUUGUCAAUUUUACACAGAACAACAAAGUUUAAAAAUAUUACAAGCUGGAAUACGACUUUUAGAGAUUUCAUGCAUGUAUAGUAUGUGUAUUAUUUAUGGAAAAGGUUUCAAAGAAGGAGAAAAAUUUUGGAAAAUCUGGCAUUCAAUUAGUUAUCAAGCAUGUCCAAUGUUGAAUUUAGACACUAAUAUAACUAUCCUCAGUAGUCAUUACCUGUUCAAAUAAGAUUUUCCCAAUAUGUUACACAAUCCCUACUACACAACAUACUAUUCUUCACUUUCUUGUCUCUCAUAUUGACAACAAUUACUAACUUCAGUAAGAUAACUACUUUACUUUUCGUAAUUCCCAUUGUGGCAUGAUGCCUGAAUUUACAGCUUCCUGUUGGUUGUCCUUCACCUGGCAUAGUGACCAGAUUUCUUGAAUGUUAGUAACUUCCAUAUUAUUCAUGUGAUAGCGUUCCAGUCACACAAUUCUUCUUCUGCUCCUGUUCUUGCCCAUAAUUUGGACUACAUUUCAAUCGGUCUUUAUUCAUAGUCAUUUUUUUUUUUAUAAUUUGCAGCUUGCAUAAUUUCAGCACCUUAUUCCUCAGCCCAAACAAACAAAAUGUAAAUCACUGAGCUGUCAAGUGAGUACCUCAUAAUUCUUCUUCUUUUUCCAAAGUCUAUUUUAUGAUUACUAGUUGCUUUGAGUAACUCUACAAAACAGCAUUGAAGUAGGCUUCAUUUUCUCUUUCCAGACAUGAUAAUCAGCUUUUAAAUUCAUAGUAUACGCCAUGCAACAGCACAUAACUGGGUGAAGUUUAAAUUAAAUGAACAAGUUGCAGUAGGACAUAGUUCGUACUCAACAAAUGUUAAUUUGGAAAUUCACUCAAGUGACUUAUAAGACGCUAUCAUGCAAGUUUCAAGUAAACUUGAUACUGAUUGUAUACGUUUGUAUUCCGUGUUACCUUGUACAGUGAUGAUACUUCUAUUUUAUGUGGUGCACUUUUCAUCUCCAGCAGUUAGCAAAGCCCACAAAGAACUCUCUGGGAAUUUAAAAUUUGUGAUAAAAAUAUUUCAUAAACUACAGCAACAUGUUAUUUUAGUAAAAGUAUACAUUUUUGGAAACAAAAUAUCUGGACUAUAAGGCAAUAUCACUGAAUUUUUGAAAAGAUUAUAUUUUAAGAUUCAGACCACCUAAAAUUCUUACAAUGACAAUAAUUUUGAAUGGUUAUAACUUUGUAAUUACACUGUUUUCAGGAAAGACAAGACACCUGUAAAUGUAAAUUUUAGAAGAUUGCAAAUUGAGUAAGAGUUUUGGAGAUUUCAUAUAUGCAUAGUAUGUAUAUUGAGGGUAACAACUCAUUUAAUAGUAGAGGUGUCGUCAACAGGCAUGUAAAAGAGACUGAGAACUUUGCUAACUUUCAGACUUUUCAAGCUAGAGUAUGCUGCUCCCCUCCCCCCCUUCUGUAUGAUUAUAUUUUGUGACAGCUGGUUUUGUGUGUGUGUGUGUGUGUGUGUGUGUGUGUGUUUUCAUUUUCAGUCGUAUUUAUGCAUUUGGUAACAGUUCAACACCUCCACUGUUUGGUGAGUUGUUACAUUCACUACAAAUUAUUUGCAUUCUACCAGAAUUUUCAGUUAGUAUAAUAAAUGUAUUAAGCAUGGAAAAUAGGUCAGAAAAGCAAAAAGUAAUAGCCACAUUAGAAAUGGUAAUAUAGCAAGUGGAGCUGUUCCAUCUUACUAUGUUUCUCGACGUGUGGUUCAUAACACCUGUAUUUCAUGUGUAUGCACCAUACAUCAUCCAAUCAUAGGUGAGGUAUUAAUUGCGUAAUUUUUGUUUGUUAUGUUUAUUUUGGUUUCCAGUGUUGCAGUCUGCUAAUAUUGUAUUAAGAGUAUUUCCUCGUGGUGUACCAUGUCAUUUACAUUUUAUAACUUGAUAUCUAGUCAAGAUUUUAUUUGAGUUACGCCCAAAUAAAAAAAAAGUAGCACUGCAUAAGAUGUGAGCUGAUGACACUUCAUAUAAGAUGGAUCAGUUUUUUUUACCUGAUCCAUUAUAGUGAAAGCCUGUAGCUCAUACAUAAUUCCAGAUACACUGUUAGGUAUCGGGUGCAUAUCUGAAAAUUAACUUCAGUUUUAUCCUUCGUUGUGGACAUGGAUAUGGCAAUAAUGAAAAGUAAUAAAAAUUUCGAAGGUUAUUUUGAUCUCAUGUGAUUAGCUAUGGACAGGUUACACACAUUCCCAAUAAUUUGUUCUGCUGUAACUUUUUAUUGGGAGAAAUUAUCAAUGAACAUCAUUUCAAUGCUACCCUAUAUAUUCUCUUCUUUUCUUCAAAAUGUUCAGUAUUCUUCUACUUGAAUGGGUAGUAAUUUGGACUGUUUAAAAAUAAUAACAAUUUUUGACAGUCAGUUGUGUAACUGUCAGACUUUCCUAUUCAGCUAUAAAUUGAGUUGUUAUUUUGUCCUUCCAUGUUUUAUAUUCCUCCCAAGGCUUUCCAUUAUCACCUCUCUUUUUAUUUUGCUUUGCUAUUGAAAGUGUGUUAGAAGUCCAUAUACUUCAAAAAAUAUAAAUCAUUGCAGUCCAAAGAUUCAAAUACCAUAUUUGUCUCCCUUGAGACAUGUAAUUUACUCUAACCAUGACAUUUCGACUUAAAAAAAAUGAAAUAUGUUACUUAUUCUUGGCACACCAUGACCAGAACAACAAAAAGAAACCCAGUAGCUGCAUAAUGUCAAGGAAAUAUUAUUUGUAAUUUUUUUAUUUUUUAAAUUGUGAAAAAUGUUAGGUUGUGAUAUUAGAACCAAAGGUUAUAUAUUAACAAACACUAUGGCACCACAUUAUUUGUGUACUUAACUAUUGAUUGAAAGCUGACUGCAAAUGCUAUGCCAAUCCAAACAUUGUUUAUUUUUUAAGUCUUCAAUCUUGACAGACUCAGUGAGUUGUAAUUUUUUGUCGUUUUUGAAUAUAAUUCAUUACUGUAUUUGUUUAGGUUGUGAUUGCUUUUAUGUAUUGUUUACUUUGUUUCACAUGUUUGAUUUGGGGCAAUUUAAACAUUUAUUCGUGUCGCUUAAUACAUAUCUUUUGUCUGUGAUAGCUAUAUUCAUUAUUAUUAGGAAGAUGUUGGAAUUUUAUCUUUAGUUAGGUAGUUACAUUUUUGGUUGUACUUGUUAAAUUUUUAUUUAUUUAUUUAUUUAUUUAUUGCUAAUAGAAUAUGAUUCUGCCAAUAUUAAUUAGGCAGAAAUGUAAGAUGCAGAAUGACCUGUUCCAUUAUUGAAAGCACUGUAUAAUGUUAUCAUAUUUCUACUUUCAUUUGUGUGAUAAAGAAUUGUUAUGAGCAGGUUAAAAGAAUCUGCACCACAUUUGCAGUGCAGUACUCUUUGAACAGAAGCCAUAUAAAUUUCUAGUGGUCACUGAUAUCUGUGACAUGUUUGUAAAACUUAGGGCUGUGAAUUGUGAUUGUUAGUCGUAUUACCCUAUUUUCAUGGGUAAAUUCAUGACAGCUUUAUUGUAAGAGUUAGGUGAAUGUAAAAAAUAGUUAGCAACUUUUUUGUUGUUGGCACUUAUUUUUAAACUGAUAUUUUGCUCUCUACAAGGUUAUAGAAAUUCUCAAAGUGCCUUAAUUAUAAUGAACAUUAAAGUGUCAUUUAAAAGCUGUAAUUGAAACUAUGUUUAAGUUAGAUAUGGUCACUGUAUUUCAUGUGCCACAUAUUGGAAAUCAGUGAUUUUUGAGAUAUUUUUCUUUGUUUUUGUAAAUUUUAGUGAGUGGUGAUAGAUUACUUUUAAACACUUUAAAAGUAUAAAAUUAUAAUUUAAAACACACGUAUUGUAAUUUGUCAUUUUGGGUGUAUUAUCCUUAAAUCAUAUGGAAUGUUCCUGUUUUGAUUGUUAUUGUUGAUUUCAAAUAAUAACUGUGCC